UUUGAACACGUGUGGCGAACUGACAAUGGUUGAAUUGCAUUGUUUUUGGAAAAGUUUCGAUUGAAUUCAUCGUAGCCGAUUUUUCAGUUUUAUUUACUAUGGAAGUUGUUUCGAAGUUUUUUGACGUAUAUUGCAAUCUAUGGGAAUAUGCAGGGCUACACAUGUGCGCUCAAGUACGACAAGAAAGAGCAUCCAAUAUUAGCGAUGGUUUAAGCGAUUUUUUGCAUUCCACAAUCGUUGCCUGCUGCGGUGAACGUGACAAACUUAUAGCUACUGGCCAUUUCACGUUGGAGAAGCACGCAUGUAUGGAAGAUAUGAUAACGAGUGUUUUGCAAAAGAUCUUCACUAGUCGCAAAUUGAAAAAGAAAGAUGAUAACGUUUUAGCGCGCGGAUUUUGGUUGAACCAGGAUGUUUCACCGACAAUGGGAGGACUUAAUGGUUGCAACUAUCGCAAUAGUCAAAUCUGUUGGUCAAAUAACAGCAUGGUGCAAUAUGUUCAAGGAGAAAUGUUCGAACAGCUGCAUGUGUUCUUAGGCAGUGAUCUUAUGGCGCAUUUGUUAGUGAAUCUCAGCGUUUUUAUUCGGGAAGGUGACACUUUUAUCCAAGUGUGUGGGCAAUCAAUCCAUAACAUGAAACCUGCUUUUUCUGAACACCAUGGACAAACUGAUGGUGGCAAUAGACAGCUUCAAAGGGAUAUAUUUUAUUCAUCUGGGCAGGAUUCGAAGUCGAUACGAUUGUUGAAAAAGGACCACGUAAUGGAGGUUGCACCUUGCAGCCCACAGGGAGCCGAUCGUCUCAUAAAAGCGAUUUAUGGUGGGUCUCGGGAAGUGAAAAAGAUUCCAAAACAGUUGAAAGAGUCGAUUCCCAUUUUUCAACAAUUUUUACGUCGAUAUAAAUCGUGUCCGUUGAAAGACAUUUUGAACAAGACUUGUCCAACGAGCGGCACUUAUCAAAAUAAGAAUGGUGGAGUUUCUAAUGUACCAUACUUUCAGGUAAAAGCUUUUUUAACCACGAUCGUUGUUCGAACCAUCCCGAUGAAAGUAUGGGGAUCGCAUCGCAACCAGAGGACGUUCAUUUCAAAUGUGGUAAAAUUUACGACUGCCAGGAUAAACGAAAAGUUAUUUAAAUCAUUGAUUCUCCGAGGUAUUAGCAUGAAUGAUUGCAAUUUUACCAAUAAAUCUAAUGGUUUUGGCCGCUCACCUCUAACACUAUCCCAGAAAAAGGAAGACUUGAUAAGAACUUUGCUCUUCUGGUUGGUGGAAUCUUACAUCAGUCCGAUUGUAAAACGUGCUUUCUUUGUUACGGAAACGCAGUCUGGAGGCAAUCACGUGUUCUUUUAUAGAAAGAACGUGUUUUCCCUAGCUCAAGAGGAGGCCGUUAAUAAACUUGUAAAAACCACUUUGAAACCCCUAACUGAACAGGAUGCAACUGAAUUGCUCAACAAUCGUCAUUGUCUUGGGCUUGGUCGCGUGCGGUUUAUUCCGAAAACAAGUGGCUUAAGACCCAUUAACAAUUUGGGAAAAUUGACGAAUCCCCCAGAAACGCGCCGUAAGAGAUCUCGUUUAGUGAACGAAGAGCUUUCUGACGCGUUGAGUGCCGUCGACUACGAAUGUAAACUGUCGACAGACGUUUUCGGUGGCGGAGCAAUGACCUAUGGUAAAAUAUUCAACAUGUUGGCAGCAUUUAAAAAAAAGCACAGACACGAAAGGCGUCCAUUACAAAUCGUCAAGGUUGACUUUACGGCAUGCUUUGACAGGAUUCGUCAAGAUAAAAUGGUGGAAAUUCUUGAAAAGGUUCUCAAGGAAGACGAGUACUCCAUCCGUGAGUACUCUCGCGUCGGUUUAAACAUGAGUAAUCACGUGAUUUAUAAUCAUAAAAAAUUGGCUGUACCGAUAGAUGACAACCGAUAUUUUCUGGCGUUAGUAAAAGACGAGGUGAAAGGCAACCGACUGAAGAACUCGGUCGUAUUGGACAACGAUCAAAACUGUUAUCGUGACGACUUGUUAACGAUUGUCCGCAAACACAUCAAGUGCAAUGUUGUCCAAGUUGCGCAACUCAACUACCUUCAACAUUGUGGUAUAGCGCAAGGUUCGUCACUAUCAUCGAUAUGCUGUGAUCUUUAUUUGGGUGAAAUGGAAAGAACAAAAGUUCCCGAAGUUCUCCAUGACGAAGAAUCGUUGUACAUGCGUUGGGUAGAUGAUCCUAUUCUGCUCACCUAUAAUUUAGAGUUAGCGAAAUCUUACUUGAACACUCUGUUGCAAGAAGACGACGAAUACAAUUGCAUGGUAAACGUAUCCAAGUCUAUUACUUCGUUCGAUGCACUCGCUCCUGACGGUAAAAUGAUCGCGCUUCUUCCCGAGGGCGAAUCAUGGGUAUCUUGGUGCAACCUGCUCAUUAAUCGACAUACGUUUGAAGUGAAAUUUGAUUAUUCUGGGAGGUCACGUGAGUAUUGCUUAUUAAGGGUGUAUAAACAAAAAGUAGACAGUUGGGCUUAUUGGGGAAACGCUUCUAAAUCCAUCAGCGUGCAAUGUUUGCGAAAAAUUUUUGCGUGA